AUGGCAGAUGGCGAUCUGGGAGAUCUCUUGGCCAAGGUGCUCCCCACCGGGGCCGAGCUCACUGUCCGCCAUGUCUCCUCGACACCCGCCCCGAGUGUCGCCCUUUUCGCCGCUGCGCCCGGUCAGGAGCCCGAGUCCACCUUUUGCGAAAGUCACUUCCUGUCGGUCUCCAUUGACUCGCCUAAGGAUGACGGGGCUGAAAUUAUUGUCUUUGGAAUGGAAGUGCUGAUCUAUAAUUCGGCCCACCUGACCACUAUAUUUGUGUCCAAGGCCGAUUCAACCGGCCUUCUGCAUCUACUUAAAUUGCCGCAUAAAGUUUCGGUACUCAGGUUGAUCAGUCACACGUUUUUAUCUCACCUGGCUCGUACGCACCAACGGCCUGGGGUGCGUUUGGUCGUGUCCUUGUUUGCCCGUGCUCAGAAUCAAUACCUCUUUCCCGGCAGCAUCGAAAAUGCCGAAAAACAUGUUCUCGAUGAUCGGGGUCUGAUCAAAUGGUGGUGUCGAGCCGUAGAUCCUAUUUUGACUGAGCAUGAGCCAGAAUCUGUCUCACAGGACACCAAGCCCCUCGACCAAACCGUUGAGGCCGCGAAGGCGUCCGCAACUGCAUAUCUCAUUGUUCCCGGGUGCGACCGCCUUGAGACACGCAGCUUUUUCCCUACUACUUCUAAGUCUGAUGCGCAGAGUCGUCCUCGGUGGCUUGCGAGCUACCCAUUAGAGCAAAUGGUUCAGGACCCAUCAGCUCCGCCGCGAUGCUUGAUUCCUCGGCUUCCAGAUGACCCUAAGACACGUUUCUUGAUCGACCUGGAUGAUGAGCUUCCGGAGCCUGCGGAAGAUGAAAAGCCAUCUCAAAGGACUGGCCAAUGGCGAAGUGUCAAAUCGUUGGACCAGUUUUGGGAAAUGAUGUCGUUUCGGCAGGAGUGUUCUGCUGGUCGACUGGUUGGGUUCCUCUGGCUUGUCAUUAAUCCGCCCGGUCUGAUGAACUCGACCACAAUGGCUAGCCGGAGCCGUGGCUCUGCUGAAACAAAGUCAGAUUCCAAAGAGGCGGAAUCGCCUAAGCCAUCAGAGAAUGGGCCACCGCAGAAGGAUUCCAACCGAACAAAGCCUGAAGCUUCAGAAAAUACAACUGCAGUUGCGACUAUUACACCAAAAGAGUCCCCUGAGCCUCCAGCAGCCACUUUCGACGACCCAUUGGAGAGUUCUUCAGCCAACACCCGCACAACAGCUCCUUCAACGGACGCAUACCCAUUCUUCUGGCCCGAGACUGGUCGAGGAGACGUAGUCCUCAGCGAAGCAGAUUAUAAAAAGAUGAUGGACGGGGUCCUAGAUCAUUUCUACGAUGAGAAUGAAGUGGUUGCCAGCACAAAGUCUUACGUUGACCAGGUGGCUUCCCUAGCCGACCAGCUCACAUGGGGCAGACGGGUGGUUGGCAGCCAUACGCCCGAGGAGACUGCUGCUCAGCCCGCAGCUAUAAACAAUAUGCUUAGCAGUGGUUUGAUUCGCAAAAGGAAGAAGCCGGAAUGCAAAAUCAUUGGGGAUGAUACAGAUGCAGGCACAGCCCAGCCGAGCGAGUCAGAUGCAGCUCAAGCGGCCCCCGCCCAGCCAGCGGCCGUUAAUGUGCUAAGUGCUGGGCUUUUGCGGAAGAAAAAGAAGAUAUGA